AGUUAUCCGCGGGUUUUCCCAUCGAAUAGUCGGUCGCUGUGAAAAAUAAACAAGCUAUUCGGUUGAAAUUAUUGAACUUCUACAAAAGGAGUUGUCUACUGACCAUGAAAAGCUGGCCAUGAAACUUUUUUUCCACUGAGAAUUGGAUAAGUGAAACCCUGGCCAAAAGGGACGAGCGGAUUGAUUUUGAGGUGAAAGUGGGCUAAAAGGUACAAAUGGAACCAGCAGCGACUCCAACACCUGCAUCUGCCCCAGUGGCGGCACCUGCGGCUCCAAUAGCAGUGACUACUCCUGUCCAAGUGGCCGUUCCCGCAGCUGUGUCUCCUGCACCAGCGGCACCGAUUGUAUCAACACCGAUAGUGGUGACACCUACAGUAGCUGCGCCUCCAGUUGCAAGUGUGCCACCGGCAACAGCUACUACUCCCGUCGCUGCAGCUCCUGCUCCAAUUUCUGUCGCCCCCAUGGCUACACAUCCAGUCCCAGCUCCUGCUGUUGCAGCCCCUGUUGCAUCCGUUGCGCCUCCAGUUGCUGCAGCACCUACUCCCGUUGCAGUGACUCCAGUUGUCGCAGCUCCUGUAAUCAGUGCUCCGCCUGUUGCUGAAACUCCGGCUGCUGCUCCGCCACCUGUUGCUCCACCCGUUGUUGCAACAUCGACUCCUGCUGCAGCUACUUCAGAAGUUGCUCCUGUUGCUGUUGUUCCUGUGACCACAGCGCCUGCAGUUGCUGUUGCUCCUGUGAUCGUUGAACCACCAGUUUCUGUUGCUCCUGUGAUCACUGCACCACCAGUUGCUGCUGCUCCUGUGAUCGCUGAAGCACCAGCUGCAGUUGCUCCUGUGAUAGCAGAACAACCUGUUGCUGUUGCUCCUGUGAUCGCUGAACCACCAGUUGCUGCUGCUCCUGUGAUCACUGCACCACCAGUUGCUGUUGCUCCUGUGAUCGCUGAAGCACCAGCUGCAGUUGCUCCUGUGAUAGCAGAACAACCUGUUGCUGUUGCUCCUGUGAUCGCUGAAGCACCAGUUGCUGCUGCUCCUGUGAUCACUGCACCACCAGUUGCUGUUGCUCCUGUGAUCGCUGAAGAACGAGAUGCAGUUGCUCCUGUGAAAGCAGAACAAUCUGUUGCUGUUGCUCCUGUGAUCGCUGAACCACCAGUUGCUGUUGCUCCUGUGAUAGCUGAACAACCUGUUGCUGUUGCUCCUGAGAUCGUUACACCACCAGUUGCUGUUGCUCCUGUAAUCGCUGAACAAUCUGUUGCUGUUGCUCCUGUGAUCGCUGAACCACCAGUUGCAGUUGCUCCUGUCAUAGCUGAACAACAUGUUGCUGUUGCUCCUUUAAUCGCUGAACCACCAGUUGCUGUUGCUCCUGAGAUCGCUGCACCACCUGUUGCUGUUGCUCCUGCAAUCGCUGACCCACCUGUUGCUGUUGCUCCUGUUAUCGCGGAUCCACCUGUUGCCGAAACUCCGGCGGCUGUACCACCGCCUGUUGCUUCCCCCGUUGCUGUAACAUCAACACCAGUAACAGAAGUCCCAGCCGCUGCUCCGGUUGCUAAUGCUGUGAUUACUCCGCCUUCGGUUCCUGUUUCUGAUACUCCAGAUGUCGCUCCUGUGAUCGCUGAUCCACCUGUUGCUGUUGCUCCUGUAAUCGCCGCUCCACCUGAGACUCCGGCUGCUGAAGCUCCACUUCCUGCCACAGAGCCCGUAACAAUUGCACCGCCUGUCGAUCUUCCAGUAGAAGGAGUAGUUUGCGCAUCUAUACCACCAGUUGGAUUUACCGAUUCUUCAGUGGCAGUGGCAGAUUCCGUUCCUCUUGAGGCAGCAGUUGCAGAAAUUCCCGUUCCAGUGGAAGCACCAGCUGCACCAGUUUUAGAAUCACCAAUUGCCCCUGUAGAAGUUUCUGCGGAAGUGCCGGAUACCCCAACACCUGCUCCCACUCAAGAAGUUGCGCCUGUGGAACCAGUUCCAGAAAUAAUUUCACCACCUAUACCAGAACCGGAACCAGUAGUAGCCACUCCUGUUGACUUCUCCAGCAGAGACUCCAGCAGCGGUUCAGGAACCGUGACUACCAAAGAGGAAAUUCCAGCCGAAAUUCCAGCUCCGGUUACAGAAGCUCUUCCAGAGACUCCCCAGCCGUCCCCGGAGACAGUUCCGGAUCCUGCACCAACUGAAGAUCCCAUAACGACUGCGGAACCAGUGGGUUCCACUAUCAACGAAUCUACUUCAGUUGCUGAAACCACUACAGCCGAUGUUGUUGAGCCCAUAAAUCCUGAUCCUAUUGAGGAGGCUACCGUUCCGGCAGCUAAGCCAGUAGUUCCAGCAGCCCAAGAGAUCCCUGCAACUGAGAUUCCUGAGAAGACAACGAAACCAGCUGAGGAUGUUGUAGAACCGAGUCCUAUUGAGGAACCUGCUGCGGUUUCUGAAGAGGCAUCGAAAGCUCCAGAAGUAGAUGUUGUUCCAGCCGAACCGGCUCCUGAGAUAAUCGCCGCAGACCCUGUGGAAACUCCAGUUGCUGUGGAAGUUGUCCAAUCCUCAUCAGAACCAUGGUUUCAGAAACGGCAGGUUGUAGAACCAAUUGCAGCUGAAAAAGUAGUGGAAGCAGUAUCUGAAGAAGUCCCAAUUACCGAAGAAAAACCGGUAGAAGAGGUCCUGGCAGAGGCAGUCCCUGUUCAAUCAUCUCCCCCACAAGUUGUUCCCGUGGCAAAGAUAACUCCUUUGCUACGAGAUCUUCAGACCAACGAUGUGUCCCUAUUGGCCCUUGCAGCCACCUUGGAUGCCAUCGGGGAAAAGCUGACGGACCAAAAGGCCAGAAAUCAACAGGUAAUGGAUAGACUUUGCGAAAUCGAAAAGAUUCUAGGCCCUCCGAAAUAAAAUUAGCUUUAACCCAUAUUCAUACAUAUACCUUAAAAUAUAAGUUACAAAUGUGAAGCUAAAAAACAUGAUAUUAAUAAAGAAUCCGGAAGCCUUGCUCUGGUCAAAUUAUAACAGCAUAAA